AUGGGUCCAAUCUAUGAGAAAACUGCAACCUCUCCAGUAAACAUUGCGGUCAUCAAGUACUGGGGAAAGAGGGACAGCGUCCUAAUCCUUCCAACAAACUCUUCGCUGUCUGUAACACUGUCCCAAGAAAAUUUACAAAGCAAAACCACAAUUCGUGCUUCGCCCGACUUUAAAAAAGAUAGGUUAUGGCUCAAUGGUGUGGAGGAAGCUGACGUUACUAAAAACAAAAGACUACAAAAUUGUUUGCGUGAAACUCGACGUUUGCGAAAAGAAUACGAAAAAAAAUUGUGCGAAGAAGUAGGCGCAGAAAACACUAUUCCUUUAUCCGAGUACAAUGUUCAUAUAUGCUCGGAAAAUAAUUUUCCUACAGCCGCUGGUUUAGCCUCUUCAGCUUCAGGGUUUGCAUGCUUGGUUUACACCCUAGCCCAAUUAUACGAAUUACCCGUGUCUGACACAGAACUGUCAAAAAUUGCAAGACAGGGUUCGGGCUCUGCUUGUCGUUCUUUGUUUGGUGGGUUUGUUGCAUGGGAAAUGGGUUCCCAGGACGACGGAUCCGACAGUCAAGCAAUACAAGUUGCACCAAAGGAUCAUUGGCCCGAAUUAGAAGCCCUAAUAUGCGUAGUUAGUGAUGCUAAAAAAGGAACUAGCAGUACAGAAGGAAUGCAGAAUACGGUUGCCACUUCGCCACUUAUUCAACAUCGUAUCAAGCAUGUAGUCCCUGAACGUAUGAAAUCCAUGACCGAAGCCAUCCUCAAGCGUGAUUUUCGAAAAUUCGCUGAAAUUACCAUGCGAGAUUCAAAUCAAUUUCACGCCGUCUGCUUAGACACCUUUCCCCCAAUCUUUUAUCUUAAUGACGUUUCUCGUGCCAUCAUUCGUGUUAUCACCGAGUAUAACUCCUCCAACGAAUCCGGCGAGCUGAAAGCUGCUUAUACCUUCGAUGCUGGUCCGAAUGCCGUUAUAUAUGCUCCACGAGAAAAUAUUCCCGAAAUAAUUAACAUUAUCGCAAAAUAUUUUCCGGGUGACAUUGAUAAUGGCAAUGAAUACUUUACCGAUCCUUAUCAUUUAUUUUCUGGAAAUCAGGUUGGAAAACAACCAUUGCCUCGAGGAUUCAAUGAACAAAUAAUUCCCGUGUUUGCUCCCGGAAGCGUGAAACAAAUUUUACAUACCAAAGUCGGUAAUGGACCACAAACCUUGACUGGAAAAGCUGACAGUUUAUUGGACGAGCAAGGUUGGCCCAAAAGAAUGACUUAG